UGCGCGGUGCCGGUCCGCCCAGGGCCAUGCAAGGCUGCCAUCCCGCGCUGGUAUUACAACAGCGAGGCCGGCGAGUGCGUCCGCUUCACCUAUGGCGGCUGCCAGGGCAACGCCAACAACUUCCCCACAGAGCUGGACUGCAAGCGGGCCUGCAUGUGA